CUUUAGUAAACUUCAUCACCUAACUCUCCAAAUGGUUCCUUCCAGAUAUACAUUUAGUCUACUUCAGCUUUUGUUGACGCUCGCUCAAACAGGUAAUGCCGCCGUUCGAUCACAGCCUGGUGCUAUGGCUUCUUCUGCAGCCAAUACUGCGGAUCCUGCGAGCAAAAUUUCCGCAAGUGAAGAAAAGCCUUUGUGCCAUAACUAUCGUACCGAAUUUGCGGAUGACAUGCGCGGCUGGCAGGUAGAUGACAGUCAGCAAGAUACGUACGAGAUAUUGGAUGACGCCAUUGAGUUCAAACUGCUGCCACCCGACGACUAUGUCCGCUUACAUGACAGUAAAAAUCUUCCAUAUAACCUAUUUCCAGGACGAGGUCCAACUUUAAAUUCAACAGUAUACAUGAGAUAUGGUAGAAUGUCUGCAACCCUAAAGGCAUCUGCUACUCCUGGCUCUGUCACGGCAUUCAUUUUGAUGGGAGAUGGUGGUGACGAGAUUGAUUUUGAAUGGAUUGGUGGAGCCCCGAACCAGGUUCAGACUAACUACUUUUGGGGAAACUCAAAAGAGUACACUAUCAAUGGUGGCACUCAUGUGGUCAAGGGUGCACCUGUAGAUGCAGCCUUUCACAAGUACACUAUUAAUUGGCAGCCAGACAAGAUCGAGUGGUUGAUUGACGAUGAAGUCGUGCGUACGAAAAAUAAAGUCGAAACAUGCGACGCAGCUGGAAACUGUAAAUUUCCAUCUCAACCAGCACGAAUUCAAUUUGGCCUUUGGGAUGGAAGCUUAGAGACUGGCACUGCUCAAUGGGCUCAUGGUCCAAUUGAUUGGUCAGUGCCUCAUACGAUUACGGCACAGGCUAGAGACAUAACUGUAGACUGUAACCCAGACUACAAUCAAAUUGUCGAAUAGUUCGUUUUCCUCUCUCUUCAAUUCAUAUACACACACACAAACACUAAUCUGGAAUUUUCUUUUUUUCUUGUUCUUUCAUAUGAGAAAAGCAAUCGAGAAUGCAAACUCUAUUGAUAACAACUAGAAAUAACUCUUUUUUUUUUUUUACAAAUAAAAU